GUCCCACGGACACCCAAAAGGCUCUCCUUUGUGAGGGAACUUCUUUUGUUAAUCCUGAGAAUAAUGAUUUUAUCAAUAACUCUGGAUCGCCGAAAGCCUCGGAUAUUUUAACUAAAAUAUUAGAUAAUGGGGCUAAAUCUUCGGUUGCUAGACAAAGUAAGAAAUAUCAAGAAAAGUUAAAGGCACAAAUAAUAAAAUCGAAACUAAAGAUGAUGGACCAGAAAAAAAGUUGAAGAAAAAAGGAUAUAAUAAAAAUUACUAUCAAAAGAAUAAGGAAAAGAUAUGUGAAGUUAAUCGAAAUAACAGACGGCGUAUGAAAGAAAAUUUAGAAAAUUUACAAAAAAAUAAAUUAGAAAUUGUGCAAAAUAUUAAUUCAAAAUUAAUAAAUAUUCAAUCUAAUGAAGGAAAUUUAUUGCCUGAUAUUUGUAAAAGUAAGGAAAAGGAACCGAUUGUUUCCAAAGAGAAUAUCCAGUUAGAAAAAGGAGAAGAUGUGGAAGUGAAUGAUAAUGCUGAAGAAGGAGAAGAUACUCCUAUUCAAUCUUCUCAUAAUGUGGAAGGAAAUGGAAAUACUGAAGAAACUUCAUUAGUCAAUCCACACACGGAUGAUUGUGAAAAUAAUUUAUCCUCCGAUUCAAUUGCUGGCCCUAAUGGACAACCAAAUGUUCAAUCGGCUGAUGGCCUUCAUACUCAACAAAUGGACGAUAAUGAUGAUUUAAUAGAUCUGAGUUUAUUGGAUGAUUCUUAUUUUUUGGAUUAUCUAAAUUCUUUUCCUAAUUCCUGA